CUGCUGAUCUUCUGCAGAACUUCACUCGUUUGAUCAAACCCCAUCAAGGCAUCUACCAUGGCACCCAGGCCCCCAGGGAUCCUUCUUUUAUGCCUUACUCACGAAGACUCCCUCAAAGACACCUAUGCACCCCUUUUGAAGCGCCUGGACGAAUUGGCUCCCCUGCAGCGGGCCAAAACGGUGGAGGAAGCAAUCCGCUGGCUUGAAGCGAAACCCAUGGCGGUCAUCGUCACCGACGGAGGGGUCACUCUACCCGCAAACCGCCCCGCCCUGGAGAAAUUAAGAUCCUACGUCCGCGGCGGUGGGUUGGCUAUUUUCGGCCUAUUGUUCCCCAGCUUGACGCCUCUGAACCGGUUCAACGGUUUCUUUCGGCGGAAUUUCAAUCUGCCGUGGGAGUCGGGGGAUAACAACCGAUGUGACUUCGAUUACAAUGACAUGUGUUACCUGCCAACCGGGACCGUAUCCGACUCGUUACCUAGAUCAUACAGCAUGAAGGCACUUCAGAUUAAAGAUGCUCGCAGUUACGAGAAGAUCUUCAUUUCUGUGAGAGACUUUGUGACCGAUACGCUUUCCUCCCCGGGAGAAUUGAUCGACCGGGCACAAGCGGCAGUGGUGGGGGGGAGGAUGGGCCAUGGAUACGUGGUUUAUUUGGGGGAUGUCAACCAGGAAAAGGAGUCGGAUGAAGUCAUUCUCACUCUUUGUGAUCGUUGA